UUCGAAAAGUUUUUACUUCAAAUUUAAAACUGUCCAACUCUCACCGCUCACACUUGACACUUCCACUUUCUCUCUCUUCACUCCAUUUUCCGUCGCUUGCAAAACCGCUUCACUCUCUCUCCACCGGCACUUCCACCAAGAGUUAAAAUGUCGGGAAAAUUCAAGCGAAAGGAAAACGACGGUUACGCCUCAGACGGUGGUUCUGACGGCAACGCUCCUCCUAAGAAGUCUGUUAAGCGCGAGGACGAUGAAGAUGGAAUUGUCGUUUGCGAGAUUUCGAAGAAUCGGAGGGUUUCUGUGAGGAGUUGGCAGGGGAGAGUUAUGGUUGAUAUUCGUGAGUUCUACGUCAAGGACGGCAAGCAAAUGCCCGGUCGCAAAGGUAUCACACUUACCAUGGAUCAGUGGAAGGUGCUUCGUGAUCAUGCUGAGGAUAUUGACCAGGCUGUUACUGACAAUUCUUAGGCUGGAGGUCUGAUCCUUGUUGAUAUAGUUGAUGGAUGCUGGGUUUCAGGCUGUUACAUUUUGCUGACUAGGACUUCUGCAGUAGUUAUUAGUGGUAAUUUCGGCUAAUGUUCUGUAUCUAAGUAGGAUUAUUGGAUUGUGUAAUCAUGACUGCAGGUUUUCCACCUGUUUAUGGAUGCCUACAGACUCUAUUUUGCUGAAAUGGUAGUAUGUACGCUUAUUGACAGUACAUUCAAAAACAGCUGUUUUACUA